UCUCUCACACACACACACACACACACUUAGUGGCACGUGCACGCGCCCCGUGCACACUCAGCAGGGUUGUGGAAUAUUCUCCACUCCUGAGUUUAUUACUAUUUACUGUGUGUACAGUGUUCCUUCAUCACCUGAGCAAUGUGACUCAUAAUAUCAUUAAUAACACACAUCAACAUACAUAUUAAUUAUUUUUUUUAUUUUUUUAUUUAUAGAUCAAUCAAUCAAUUUUAUUUAUAAAGCCCAAUAUCACAACACAAUUUGCCUCAGAGGCUUUACAGCAAACGACAUUCCUGUAUAUGUAAAUGUAAUUAUUAUGUUAUUGGAUGAGUGAGUGACGUCAUACUGAAUCAUAUUGUGAUUAUUUUAAGACAUGAAUCAAUUAAAAACAAUAAAAUGAUUUCAAUAUAUAGUUUUUGUUUUUUAUUUUCAUGCCAUUCACAUGAACACAAUAAAAUAAUAAUAAAUAAAUAAAAUGACCUCAGAGAUCAAAGAUAACAAACAAUAAUAAACAGUGAACUUUAUAAUAACUGAAUUAAUAAAUGUUUUAUUGUUUGUUAUCGAUCCAUCUGUGUCUGAUCUGAGGCGUGUCCGCGCGAGCCGCCAUGUUUCCCCCGUGACGUCAUCAAACGGGAAGUGAGCUCGUUGUUCUCCAUGGUUGCUGCCUGGCUGCGGUGCGGGAGGCUCGCGGACCAAAACAACUCUUCCUCUCCUCUUCUUCCUCCUCGCGGACCAUGGACGGGAAUCAGCGUUCACUUCCUCCGUCAGCUGCUCUGAGAACAUGAGCACCUCCAACCUGUCCACAGUGGAUGGCACUGAUAGGCUGUGUGUUUCUGAGCACGCUCAGUGCAUCCCGUCUCAGGUCCUUCACCUGCGUCAGCUUCCUGUUGACGUCUCUGAACAGGAAGUGCUCGCUCUGGCGCUUCCUUUUGGCCGAGUUAGUAAGCUGAUAACACUGAAGACCAAAAACCAGGCGUUUUUAGAAAUGGCGUCAGAGGAAGCGGCUGUUACUAUGGUGAACUACUACACCUCAGCCCCGCCUACUGUCAGGAACCAGCCAAUCUUCAUUCAGUACUCCACCCACCGUGAGCUCAAGACAGACAAUCUGACCAAUCAGAGAGCGGUGCUGCAGGCCAUCAGUGCAGCAGCAGUGCAUUCUGGGAACAUGGCGUCAGGUGGAGAGGAGCGGGGCUUAGGGCCUGGUCAGAGUCCCGUCCUGAGAAUCAUCGUAGAGAAUUUAUUUUAUCCGGUGACACUGGAGGUCCUGCAGCAGAUCUUCAGUAAGUUCGGCUCUGUGCUGAAGAUCAUCACGUUCACCAGGAACAAUCAGUUUCAGGCUCUGCUGCAGUUCAGUGACACCGUGCACGCUCAGCACGCCAAGGCUUCACUGGACGGUCAGAACAUCUAUAAUGGCUGCUGCACGCUGAGGAUCGACUUCUCCAAACUGAGCGCGCUCAAUGUGAAGUACAACAACGACAAGAGUCGUGACUUCACCAGAGCGGACCUCCCAACAGGAGAGCUGGACCCCGCCGCUACCUUCGGUGUAGCUCUCCCUCCGUACGGAGCUGCAGCUUUCCCACCAACUUUCCACCAACACACAGGUCUGUCGAUGGCAGCCGUCCCUGGCUCGUUGGUGUCUCCUCCUCGUGUCUCGCUGCAGGUGGCGCCUCCUGCUGGUCACUCUGUGCUGCUUGUGUCCAACCUGAACCCAGAGAGCGUCUCUCCUCAUUGCCUCUUCAUCCUGUUUGGUGUUUACGGGGACGUUCAGAGAGUGAAGAUCCUCUUCAACAAGAAGGAGAACGCUCUGGUUCAGAUGAGCGACGCCACUCAGGCUCAGCUCGCGAUGAGUCACUUGAACGGGCAGCGUCUCCAUGGUAACGUGAUUCGGGUGAUGCUGUCCAAACACCCGGUGGUACAGCUGCCUCGCGGGGGGGCGGGGCAAGAAGAGCAGGCGCUGACUCGAGACUUCUCAGGCUCUGCCCUCCACCGCUUUAAGAAACCUGGAUCCAAAAAUUUUAACAAUAUCUUCCCUCCGUCGGCCACGCUGCACCUUUCCAACAUCCCCUCCUCGGUCAGCGAGGACGUGUUGAAGGACCUGUUCUCCUCCACUGGGUUCACGGUCAAAGCCUUCAAGUUUUUCCAGAAGGACAGGAAGAUGGCGCUGAUGCAGCUGGCGUCGGUGGAGGAAGCUAUCGAGGCUCUGAUCGCUCUGCACGACCACCAGCUGGACCACAACCAGCACCUCCGAGUCUCCUUCUCCAAGUCCACCAUCUGACCCCCGAGUCUCCAAGUCCACCAUCUGACCUUCAAAUCUCCAAGUCUACCAUCUGACCCCCGAGUCUCCAGGUCCACAAUCUGACCUUAGAAUCUCCAAGUCCACCAUCUGACCUUCAAAUCUCCAAGUCCACCAUCUGACCUUCAAAUCUCCAAGUCCACCAUCUGACCUCUGAGUCUCCCCCUCCUACUUUUUGACCCGUCUGUAUGACCUUUGACCUUUGACCUUUGGAGCCAAUGAGCUAACCAGACUUAGGGGCUUCUGAUUGGCCCAUGGUGGGAACAAAGGGACCAAUGGGAGAGCCCCGACACCACUAAGCUUUCUGUGCCUACAAACACUCUGACAUCACUGUGAUGGAUGAUGUCACAACGAGGGGGCGUGGCCAUGGUUACAGAGGUUACAGAGCACAUUCGCGAGCAGACUGAGCUCCCAGUAGCAAUGCUUUGUGGGUAACGGAGUCAAACAACGCGCUGAUGUGAGUUGAACUUCUUUCUUCUAAAUGUUAAAUUAUCGUCAUGAAAAAAAAACAUUUUUUGUUAAAAAAAACAACUUUCAAAUUAAAACGUGAUGUUUUUUUCUUUAAAUCUCUGAUGAAAAUAUUUAAUAUUUAGUGUCUCUUUAUUUUUUUAUUUAAAGUUACUCAACAUGAAUACAAAUAAAAUCAGUAAAAUAAAGUUAUUUAUUUCGAUUUUUUUUUUUUUUUUUUACGACAGAAGCAAAUUAUUUUCUCCAGUUUUCAAAUCUUUGAGGUUUUUUGUUUGUUUGUUUGUUUUUAAUUGUUUAUAUUCUGAACUGCCUUUUCAUGAACUCCUGGAAAACAAAUGGUGAAAUUUAAGAAAAGAUCUUUGAAAUGCAAAAACAUUGACUGAUUAACAGCUUUUUGAAUCUUCAGCGACGUGCCUUUCACGCCGGCACUCGAUUCUACCGUCUGAUUAUUUUGGUUCCUGCUGUUGUGGAGUGUUAGCGGGCUGCGAGCUCAACCAACUUCUUCUGUGCCUUAUUUUCCUGCUGGUUUUUGAUUUUUUACCUGGUGUUUGGGUGGAGGUUUGGUGGCGGGUUGUCUUGAUCUCACUUUAGAUUUUUUUGUAAAAUUAAUUUUGUUUGAAAUUAAUUUGUGUUUAAUGUCGUAACGUUGGUAUCUAUUUUUCGGGAAUGUUUUUUUAAUCAUGAAUGUGUUUAUACUGUACAACAUGAAAUGCUUUCGAAGCCCCGCCCACCUGUCGUACCUGCGUGUGUGUAUUUAUACGUGUGUGUACAUACAUAUAUAUAUAUACAUAUACAUAUUUGUGUGUGUGUGUGUGCCAGUGUGUGUGUGUGUGUCAGUCGGAGCUGUGAUUGGUUGAUCUUCAAAUGUCAGACCUUCUUUUUUUCUAUUAAAAAUAUAUUUAAUUCAAGUCCAGCUCUUGUUUUUGGAAAAUCUUUAGGUUUUUAUUUCAUGUUUGGAUUUUUUUUGGUGUCGAUGAUUUUCUUUAAACAGGAAACAAGCCACAGAAAAACAGGAAGCUGCCGAUUCCCAGUUUGCCUUCUGACCUUUGACCUUGUAACCAGAGCUGAUUAGGUUUUUUUGUGUUUACUUGAAAGUUUUGUUUUGUUUUGUGAUAAAAUGCAACAAAUUACUUUCAUCUGUUUCAAUUAAACUGUGUUUUUUAAUUUUGGUGAUUUUGUUUUGUUUUUACAACAUAAAUAUUGUAAAUAUUGGUUUUAAUUUGAGUCAGUUUUGUUUUCAUGUCGUUAUUUUGUAACAGCAGUGAAACAUAGAUUCAGUCAUUUGGACGCCUCUGGGAAAAAGUGGGCGGCGGUCAGACCAAGCCAAAGUUUGUGUGCCUUCUAAUUGGACCAAGUCAUUCUCUCAUUAUGACAUCACUUCCUGUUUAAAAAGUUUUGCAGUUUUUUUUGUUAACUUAUGCUCGUUACACAAAUCAAAUCGUAACGUAGUUUUGUUUAUGUUGCUCAGAUGAAGUGAACAUCUUUUGGGGGCGCUGGGGUCCAUGAGCCUCCCUCCACCAAAAAUGACUUGUUAGAUUUUUGAUGUUAAAAGUUACAAAAAAAGUCUCAGUUUUUAACUCUUGACGUACAAACGGUUUAUUUUUGGACAAAUUUUAAACAAGACAAAAAAUGAUUUCGAUCAAAUAUGACUGUUUGAAUCUCAGAUAAUAUUUGUUUUUUUCCUGACCGAAGAAUUUGUCACAUGCGAUGUGUUAGAGGUCCGUCAGAAAUUUAAAAAUCCAAAGAUAAUUUCUGUUUUUACAGUUUCUGGCUGAUAGAUGAUGUCAUUGGUGACUUUUAAAGAAAGCAUGCCUUUGAAGGCGUUUCCUUCAAGAAACACUGAAACUCAGUAAAGCCAAAAAAAAAAGCACCCAAAAUUUCUAGAGAAAAAUUGACCAAAAAAAAAAAACAUUAAAAAAAAAAAACCUGCCAAAUAGUUUCAAAGAAAAAAAAAAGAUCCUUUAAAAAAUAAAUAAAUAAAUAAAUUGCCAGUAUUUUUGAAAGCAAAAUAAAAUUAUCACAAAUAAAUGAAUAAUUGCCAACAUUUGAAACACGAGGCAUGAUUUCUUAAAAAAUCACCCAAAAAUAUUUUCAGGCAAAAAAUAAAUAAAUCGAAAAACAAAUAAAUUAAUUGAUUUAAUUAAAUUUUUAAAAAAUCCCUAAAAUUUUGGACAGCAUGUUUUCUUUAAAAAUCUGCAGAAUCAGAAUGCACGCUUCAAACCUGCAUUUCUUUUUUAAAAAAUCUGGAGUGAAAUAAAUACAAAAUAAAAUCAUUUAUAUAAAUAAGUAAUGUAUAAACAGAUACCCUCCACUGUUUUAGUGCCUCUGAGCAGCGUCCAAAGCAACAAACAAGGCCCCGCCUCCAACGCUGUAUCCAGCUCUGUUUAUACAUCCUUGUGACCGCUGUCUGUGAACGUCAGCACAGAUCCACACCGUCACAAUGACAUCACACAUCAGUGGACGCAACGUCAAGCAGAACAGUGACCAGUGUGAGCGCAGCGACCUUAAACUUCAGUAGCGUCGUUCAUCUCUACAGUCGGCGCAGAGACGACCGCUAACCCCAACACAUGCACAUCAUUUUCACCUUCUUUAUUUUCAGGACUAAUUUAAUGUCAAAGCCCCGCCCCCGGUGACAACCUACAGGUUCCAGGUGUGUCCAUGUUGUCCACUCGUUACAUCCUGUGUACUUCUGUUCUACUCACACGUAUGUAAUGGGUCACGGCGCUCGUUACGUCACCAUGCUCGUUAAAUCUUCAAACAUGAUCUACUCUUGAACUUGUAUCACACAAACCUCUGACACUUUUUACAACACCUGCGACGUGACAUACCUGGAUCAUGUGACAUACCACGUGGCACAUGCUAAAUCAAGAUGUUAUAUGUCACAUUCAUGGCAGAAUACUUGCUACAGUACGUGAGAUUGAAUCAUGUUACAGUUAAACAUUACAACAUGUAAAACAUGAUCAUAAUCAUGUUGGAAAUAUGAAGUAAGAUACAAGUACAUGUUAAACACUAACAUGAAGUUAGUAUUUGUGCAUUACAUAUGUUUGUAAUAGCAUACACUGUGUUAAACAUGUACUGUCAAGUGUAGAAUUGUAGCAUACGUGACAACACAAUGUUACGUGUUACAUGUAUGUUAAUGUGUAGUUGUAUUUAAGCUGUUCAUAUUAAAUACAUGUCCCUCGUAUGUAACAUGGUACAAAACGUGUUCAUGUAAACAUGUCAUGUGUUACAUACUUGUUACUUGUAGUAAAUAUGUUUGAGAAACACGUUGACAUGAAAAACACUAUUUAAAAUAUAUUUAUUUGAAAACCAGUCACAAAACCUUCAGAUUAUAUUUCAGUCCAUGAAAACUGUUUGAGUUUAUUUUUGAAAAUCUGCGACUGAUCUUUUAUUUUGAAAGAUUUUUCACCUUUGACACUUUUGAACCAAAAAAAAAAAAAAGACUGAUAAACCAAACUGUUUUUGUACCUGAACGUAGCCUGUGGUUGUUUAUGCUGAUGAAUGUAAAGUAUCUGUUGUGCAUUGUGGGAGCAGAGGGCUGUAUGAGGUGAGAUCAGCGCGUUACUGCUGCGUGUUGAACCUACGAACCUGACGACAUCUCCAUUGGAGCUGACGCUGCAGACGUCACCUGGUCAGAGGGUCACACAGAAAUUAAGUCACUAAAUUUGUCACUAGUCCCUUUAUGGAAAUUUAAUCACUAAGCAGGUCAGAAAAGUCAAAAAUUGUUGCUCAUUGCUUUUUGGAAAUGCUGAGUUGUUGCUAAGAGGGUUCAAAAUUUGUCACCUGUCUAUUUAUUUAUUUAUUUUUUUAAUUAAGUUGCUAAAUUUGUCACUUUUUUUCACGAUGUUUCCCCAGCUGCCGCCAACGGUAGAGUUCAGGUUGUUGUUGUUUUGUGUUAGUCAGUAACCAAAAUGCAACAUCUUGCAAACGUCUUGAAAACCCAACGUCUGCAGAGCGUCAUGACGUUAACGCCCACACAAUGUGAAAUUCUAACAUCGUUGGACAUUUAAAAUAUCGUCAUUCAGAUUUUCAGUCAGUGUUCAACAUCUGUCCGACAUGAGACGACACGCCAACGCUCCACGCUGAGUUUCAGAAUAGUGAAGUGUGAACGUUGACAGAGACUCUGACACUGCAGCCCUCUGCUCUGUUUAUGAUCAUGUGACUUAUUUUUAAUAUUCAACCAGUGCAUGGGGGGGGGGGGCAGGAAGUUGUAGCAUGAGUCACUGAAUAAAGAAAUGAUCUGACCAAUGGCUAUCCUUGGUUUCUGGAAGCUCCAUCCACCGUCUGUUCUUCCAGCCAAUCACACUGUGGGAUGUUUUCAACAAACACACACAUUAACUUUCAGCUUUCAAAGGAUAAAACUUUAUUGUUCCUGUGUUGACACAAUCCUCAGCUGUGAUUGGUCGGUUCGCAGACUACAGCAGAUCAUCAUAAUUAAAAAAAAAAACAACAAUAAACAAAUAAGAAUCCUAACAAUCCUAUUGGACGACGGCGACGGGUUCGUCCGACACCCAGCUGACGUCAUCAACCAAACCCCCUGUGGCUACGCUAACAGCUAAUGGCUAACAGUAAAGCAACACAGCUUUAAUACACACACACACACACACACACACACACACACACACUUCAGUGUUCAGACUCAAGUUCAGAAAUGUGUUUUUUCCUUUAAUAUUUAUUUAUUUGGUCCUGUGUUUGUUUAUGUUUGUGUUUGUUUUGAUGUUUUGUGAUUUACGUGAAAUGUUGCGACCAUUAGAACGUCACAGAAUACUGGAGUUUGUUCAGUGCUGAAUUGAGAUUCCUUUUUUUUUGGGGGGGGGGGGG